CAGACUAUGAGCGUAGAUUAUGGAGGAUAGUCAAUGUGGGGACGUGGACUUUCUGAUCCAAGAUGAGGACACCAUCAUAGAAGGUGUCAGUAACCAGGUCUUAUUUGUUGUGGUCCUCAGUUUCACCUUCCUCGCAGGCCUCCUCACUUUGCUUUGCAGACAGGACGAGCAAAAUAUUCAUCCUGAAAAUCAGGAGCAUGUUCGAGCCAUCCGACAACAGCUUCAAACUGAGCAGGAUGAAAAUCCUCAGGCAGACGCCAGGCAGCAGUAUUACGCAGACAUGUCUUGCCCUGUGUGUUUACAACAGGCUCUUCUACCCGUGGAAACAAACUGUGGACAUCUUUUCUGUGGUUCCUGCAUCAUAGCUUACUGGAGAUAUGGCACCUGGCUGGGAGCUAUCCACUGCCCAAUCUGCAGACAAAUGGUAACACUUCUCUUCCCACUAUUCCACGAACACACCACUCCUCAGAGGGUACAGGAUGGUGAAGCAGAACCUCAGCUGAUAUUAAGAGACAUCAACGAUUACAACCGUAGGUUCUCAGGACAGCCAAGAUCUAUAAUGGACAGACUGCGGGACGUUCCCACCCUGCUGCGUCACGCCUUCAGGGAGAUGUUUUCCGUGGGCGGCCUCUUCUGGAUGUUCAGGAUUCGCAUUCUUCUCUGCCUGAUAGGUGCUAUCACAUACCUGGCCUCCCCGCUCGACAUUCUCCCCGAAGCCCUUUUCGGCCUCCUGGGUUUACUGGACGAUUUCUUCGUGAUCCUCCUUCUGUUUGUGUACAUCUCCAUCAUGUACAGAGAAGUGGUCACACAGAGACUGAACGGCUAGGCGGUAACUUAUAGAGGCUUUGAGAGGAGUGAAAGUAACGUUUGACUUGUUAAAACUGAUUAAAUGUUCUAAGAGCUGCUCAUUAAUGGUGUUUUCUCAGAGGGUUUUGCUUGAAUUAAAUGGGCUUUUUAUUUCCUCACUGA